UAGCACCGUAUGAAUUAUAAGCUCCAACAUCCGCUUAGAACUGGCUGCGUGUGUUUCACGUAAGUGUAGGCAAACAUUUGGUCGUCCGCUGCCCCACCGCUUUCUUCAUCUAUUUCGGUUUAACGGGGAACUAAAAAAAAUUUCAUUAUGUUUUAUGACGAAGACAUUUUUGAAAGUUUAGACGAUGAACUUGCCGCGGCUACCAUUCCCACCAAGGGUUAUAACGAUACAGAAGUGGCAGCAUUGUUGGGUAAAUUUUUACUGAAGAAAACCAUUACUCAACGAGAUGAUAUCAGGGCUUGAAGGCCAAUUUACACGAGAGGGAUCUUGAGAUUACGCAUUUGAAGAAAGAAAACCGAAAGAUGAAGAAGUUGGAACAUGAUCGCACAAAUCUGUUCGGAGAGUUAGAAGAGGAAAGGGAAAGAGAAAAAUCACGGAUAGGACGUUAUGCGUCGGAAUUAGAAGUUAGUAAAGAUACAAUAAUGAGGUUGAGAGAAGAGGUAGGGUUUUUGAAGCAGACCAUUAACAAAAUGGAGAAUGAUUGUCGGAGUGUAAAAUUUGGUUUGGAAGCAGGCUCAAACCUUUGUGCUGUACAACAACGAUGUGUGUCCCUAGAUGCGUUUCCAGGGAAGCAGAUAUCCCAUCAAACUGAAUGGGAGCGCACGUUAAAAGCACUAAAAUGUGUCGAGGCGAACAGGGAUUAUUAUAAACAGAGAUGCUUUGAAGCCGAAGAAGAAAAGAAAGAAAUGGAAUGGGAACUAAAAGAACUACAAAUUCAACUGCAGAAAGCUCUCGAUAAUGCGAGUAAAUGGGAAGAAACGGCUUCAAAAUCAAUACCAAUUGUACAUUGGCGUAGAUAUGAAAUGCCAGAUAAUCAUCUACUUGAAUGCAAUACAUGUUCAUCAAAACAUGAAUACGAACUAGCGUCAAUGGGCUUGAAAAGAGAAAUCGAAAUUGAGACGGGUCGACUUUUCAAUAUGGAGGAUUUUGAUACGCAUAAAAGAUGGAGAUUAAGGGAAGCUGUUUUUGGAGAUUUAUUCCGAAGGUUAACGGUAUUUGUACGGAAUUGGCUUUCACAUAAUAAUUCUGAUUAAAAGGUUGACGUUGCCAAUAUUAUUGCUGUGCACGCCAGUAUGAUUGCUGAUAGAUCAGACAUAAUGAAAAGCAUUUCAGUUAUGACUAUCUAAUAACCUUUAAGUAUCUCUUGAAAAUAUUACCCGACGUUUACUUCCCAUUUAUACGACGGUAGAGUGAGAUUUGAAGGGUAGAAUGUUCCUUCAUUGCUCCUGAAUUCAAUGAUAAUU